AUGGCCGAUCAGCAAGAGCCCAUCUUCACGCCAGCCAGCGGCUAUGAGUCGUUUAUUUACAUUUACAACAAAACCAAAGUCGAUUUUGCACUUGACCGGUCGAAAGCCAUUUUAGGUUCUUGGGCCAAGGGAUGCCCUCCAAACACAAUCAAAGCCGGAGCUGAAGCUUUGAUUCAACUUAACGACAGCUUUGGAUUCUCGGGCAGCCAGGGAGAGGUCGUGUACGAGCUGUACCACCCUUCUGAUCCUGACAAUGCCCUCUCAUUCAAAGUAGAAUUCUGUGAUCCUUAUGGCAGGUGGAACGACAACUAUCUGCGGACGAAGUCGAGCAAUCCCAAGUUGGUAUCUUGCCAAGUGCUGGACUACAACCUCACCGGCCACCCCUUUACAGGCCAUGUUGAGGUCUACUUGGCCGAGAAUUCGGCAAACGAAAUGUUUGAUGACGCCAACUCAUCCGACGAGACCAACAGUGACGUUCACGCAGCCUUCGAAAUUGGAUUCAAUGGCCCACUUGGCAUCAAGAUUCGAGACCCAGUUCAUGAAGACAUUGCCAUCGCCGCCUUCAUCGCAUCCAGGAUGCGCUUUCCUAAGGGAACCGAGUACAACAAUCUCGACGCCACCCAAUGGGAGUACAUGCGUGGUCUCCUUUGGAGCGAUGACCCACUAUGUCUGUUAUUCGAAGACUCUGGAGAGAGCAACAGCGAGCUAGCACUGGGUGAAAAGUUUCUAGGAGACUUCUACGCCGGCUCUCCUAGCAGUCUCACGCAGAGGAGCCACUUUGGAGACUUGCAAUUCUUCCACGCAAUGGCCGCCCAGUCGAAUGAAGAUCCGCACGACACCAAGGCAAACAUGCUUUCUUGGUUGGAAAUCAUCUACAAGCUCGCGAUCGGUGUUCAGGAUGUGAAGGAGACUGACAGCCUUGCUGGCCGAUUCCCGACCCGUUUCUCCAGUUACUCUGAUCCCUCUGGAGACGCAAGCCUGAGGCAGCUGUUCUUGGGCAGAACGCCUUCUUACCGGAAGGCAAACAUCUCCAAGCGUGCCUUUGGUCACUGUCUACACAUGGUUCAAGAUUCGUAUGCGGUGGGGCACACACUGCGUCGCCUGUCUAACCCAGGAGAUCUGGAUGGCAAAGAUAGCGAAGGUGAGAUCCCUAUGAGCCACAUCCCGACAUCUCGCGCUGACUUGCCCGUCCCAGGCUUCUUCAGGUUCAAGCCCGGCAAGUUUGCCAGACUAGGGCCUAUCAUCACCUUCCACACCUAUUCUGGCCAAUCCAAGCGUCAUGCGCACUAUGAUGAGUCUAAGCAACCCCGAAGCCCCAGGGACCUCGACUCCUUCAACCACAUCAUUGGCGCCCGAGACGCCAUCGACAAGUCCAUCAAGAUGAUCAACUUUUAUGCGCUAAAGACGAAGUGGGAGAAUGGAGUCCGCGACUUCUUUGCCAACGAAGUAUUUGUGCUGGACUCGAAUGCCACACUCAGCAACCCUCAAGUCGAUGAGAGGUUCGGAUCGCCAGAUACGAGCAGUCAGUCGACUUUGGAGGCUGACAGGGCGGCUGAUGAAGAGUAUCAGAUGGGUGCUUGGGUCAACUCUCACACCGAUGCAUGA